UUAUUAUUAUUAUUAUUAUUAUUAUUAUUAUUAUUAUUAUUAUUAUUAUUAUUCACUAUGCUUUCACCUUCAGAACCUGAUACACCUAUCUCAAUGGAAGAACAUCAUGCAGUAGACCAUGAUUGCCAAGGAUGCCGUCAUUGUUGGCAAAGAUCCAGUAUUCGUUGGAACCCACCUGCCAUUAAAUGCUUCAAUUGCGAGACAACGACGACCCCUUUAUGGCGUAGAGAUGAAACAGGCAACACCAUUUGUAAUGCCUGUGGUCUUUAUUACAAGCUGCAUAAUGUACAAAGACCCAUUACGAUGAAAAGAAAUUUUAUCAAGCGACGUAAACGAUUCAAUAGUUUACCUCAACAAUUAGUAGUGAUUGAGAAUUUGCCACCUCUUUCACCUGCCUUACCAGAUACUGACCAUCAGACAGAACAACAACAACAACAACAACAACAGGGCAUGAAAAGAAAAAGAAGCAGCCUUUCUACUAUAGAAAAACAGAGCACAGCCAUGCCCUCGCUUACUUCUAUGAUGAUGAGCAAUGUCAAUGAUUUAGAUAGUCCUCCCAAACGACAUGCUUCUGUCAAUGCAAACAAUGAAAACUUACUCUUAUCUACUAUUCAAUCGCUCAUUGGUCUAAGUUCAAGUCAUGAAAACAAUACACUUUCCAACAUGCUAUCAGAACCAAACACAAUAAAACAAAGCCUAGAAGCAAGAAGAGACAAGCUACAAAAAGAGCUUGAUCAUAUUAAUAUACUGUUAUCACAAACAAAAGAAAUAUUUAAGACAGUCGAAUCCGUCAUGGCUAUCAUGAACCUUCAGAAACCCAAUAUAAAUACAGAAACCCAAGAGAAAAACCUGCUGACUUCGUUAAUGGUACUAGGAUUAGCUGCUAAUAAUAAUAGUAAGACUGACAAUAACAAGACGAUUCCUUCCCUGUUUGAAGCUAUACCCUCUCUUUACAAUACAUCUUCUUCUUCAAGCAUGUCACCACCUUCUCCCUCUGCUUCUUAUUUAUCUAAAUAUCAACUCAAAGCCACAUCCACUUCUUUAAACUAAACUCCUAUAUUUGGAUAAAAUGAUAAGCAACCUACUUAUCUCUCAAAUAAAAAAAAAU